AUGUUGUCUCGUUUUCUAGAAGGCGGAUCGUUGUAUAAGCGCAACAGUUUCGAUCAGCAAGACCAGGGCUUGCCUGGAAGUUGUACACGGCUAAGGCGUAACGGAACGCGUCCCCACCAGUAUCCCACGGUUUGCGCUUGGAUUCUGGACAAGAAGGUGUUUUCAGAGGCAUGCGCGCAUGCGGGCCUUUCCAAGGUGGCGGAGGAUUCUUUCUUAGAUUUGAUACGGUCAGAUGCGGCUAGGCUUUUGAGGUUGAGGCAUCCAGGAGUGACAUACGUGGUCCAGGCUUUGGAUGAAAAUAAGAACGCGAUGACGAUGGUUACCGAACCAUUGUUUGCGUCGGUGACUAAUGCGCUUGGGAAUGUUGAGAAUGUGGCCCUGGUUCCUAAAGACCUUGUAAAGAUGGAAAUGAAUUUGAAGCAUGGGUUGCUUCAGAUUACAGAAUCCUUGGAUUUUCUUCAAACCAAUGCACGUGUUAUUCAUCUGACUAUAUCACUUGAGAAUGUCCUGAUUACAUCAAGUGAAGUUUGGAAGCUUGGUGAGUUUGGUUUUGCUAUUUCGACAGAUCAGGUCUCUAUUGAUCUGGUUAACGUGCAGGCCUUAAUUAUGCUGAAUAUGAUAUUGAAGAUUCUGUCAUGCCUCUUCAACCAUCCCCUCCAGGUCAUUUCCACGAAGCUAUGUAAAGAUCUUGAAGCUUACGAGUGA